AUGCCGACGAUAUUAUUACCUGCUUCUGCUGCCGCUUUUGCGCCGCGGUCGACGUGCAACGUUGUGCUGAACACGAAGGUGGAACCAUGGUUGACGGCCACGCUGAAGAGAAUCAACAAGAUCAAGCGUCCUCUCAACAGUGUCCUCCAACAUACCCGAUGUUUGACCGAGACUCUCUCCUCCCCCAACGCCAUCUGGUUGUUAUGUUCCAUCAUGGUGCCUAAAGCGCCAGAGACGGAGUUGCGGAAAGACUCGAAUCCGCUAGUGGAAGCCUUGUUCAACUACCAAUUAAUCCAUGUCGAGGCGUAUGUAGUCCAUGUUGACAUGGUCUCGCAGAAUGAGGUCGCCUUGAAACUGACGGCAGACACCAUCGAUUCGCUGGUCGAGUACCACAAGUCAGUCUUCUCGGUCGAUACCGCCGCCAACACCUGGACCUGGUCGGACAAGGAGCAACAGCUGAAGAAACUUCAGGAGGAGUUUGUACAAGCCGCCAACAAGUUUGUCUAUCGAACAAGUGCUCUCGUUCUAGAGGGCAUGGAGGAGGAAGGGGCGGGAGAAUUGCUGUGUAGCCGGAGUGAAGAAGUUCGCGCGGCCAUCAUGGGCCUCUAUGUGCCACUUCUGCCUCCUCCGCCCAAGAUUGUCGAUGUCAUCCGGCCAACUCCCCUGCUGCCGAGUUCCACGUGUACGGAGCAGUGGUGGCCACCGCAGCAUCUGCAAUCACUCCAGUCCGCACCCGUUGAGCCGUGGAAGGUUGUCCCCUCAACACCCAGCCCGGUCUCGUCGUGUGACUCAAGCCACAAUAUCUGGGCGAGUGUGGGUAUGCACGACAUACAACUGCCAUCUCCCACUCCUUCCUUCAGUCAACCUUACACCUCGGCGACGUUCAGCGCACCGCAGUUCUACAGUGCUCCCGCGUACAAUUCUCCGGCGUACAGUUCUCCGGCAGCAGUCUCUUCCUUCCAGCCACUGCCUCUUCCCAGCAUGUUGGCUCAACAGCCCUGCAGCACCUCUGCGAGCCUGAGUACAUUCGGUUGGGAUCGAUAUCAGGAAUACACGAUGCCAUAUGCAACCGCCAUGUGA